CGCCGCCGCCGCCGCCAGCAUCUGGGACCGGCCGAUUCUGCACCUCCGUCCGGCGCUGCCCUUUGAUUCGGAUUUCCAUCUUGCAUUCUCCUCCGGCGGACUGCGGGACCCGGCUCGUGCAGAGGGGGGCCGAUCGCUAUGGAGUAUUUCAUGGUGCCCACUCAGAAGGUGCCCUCUUUGCAACAUUUCAGGAAAACAGAGAAAGAAGUGAUAGGAGGGCUCUGUAGCCUCGCCAACAUUCCACUGACCCCUGAGACGCAGAGGGACCAGGAGCGGCGCAUAAGGCGGGAGAUCGCCAACAGCAACGAGCGGAGACGCAUGCAGAGCAUCAAUGCCGGCUUCCAGUCCCUCAAGACCCUCAUCCCCCACACAGAUGGAGAGAAACUCAGCAAGGCGGCUAUCCUCCAGCAGACGGCCGAGUACAUCUUCUCUCUGGAGCAGGAGAAGACCCGGCUCCUGCAGCAGAACACGCAGCUCAAGCGCUUCAUCCAGGAGUUGAGCGGCUCGUCCCCCAAGCGGAGGAGAGCAGAGGACAAGGAUGAGGGCAUCGGCUCGCCGGACAUCUGGGAGGAUGAGAAGGCGGAGGACCUGAGGCGGGAGAUGAUUGAGCUGCGGCAGCAGCUGGACAAGGAGCGUUCGGUGCGCAUGAUGCUGGAGGAGCAGGUGCGCUCGUUGGAGGCCCACAUGUACCCCGAGAAGCUCAAGGUCAUUGCCCAGCAGGUGCAGCUGCAACAGCAACAGGAACAGGUGCGGCUGCUGCACCAGGAGAAGCUGGAGCGGGAACAGCAGCACCUGCGGACUCAGCUCCUGCCCCCGCCGGCCCCCACCCACCACCCCACGGUGAUCGUACCUGCGCCACCCCCUCCCUCCCACCACAUCAACGUUGUCACCAUGGGCCCCUCCUCGGUCAUCAACUCUGUCUCUACAUCCCGGCAAAACCUGGACACUAUUGUGCAGGCCAUCCAGCACAUUGAGGGCACGCAAGAGCGGCAGGAGCAGGAGGAGGAGCAGCGGAGGGCGGUCAUCGUGAAGUCAGUUCGCAGCUGCCCGGACGCGCCCGCCUCCGACUCUGCCUCCGACUCAGAGGCCUCGGACAGCGAUGCGAUGGACCAGAGCCGGGAGGAGCUGGCAGGGCUCGGGGCGCUUCCCUGACCCCCCAGCCCUCCUCCUCUCCCUUCUUGGGGCUGGAGGGGGCCGUGGCGGCACCAGGGAGCAACACGGCACGCAAGUGAGGAAUUUUUACAAAAUCACGACGUCAUUUGGGUCUCUUUUGUGACCUCCUUUUCAAUACUGUAAACCGACCUUUGAGGAAGCCACCGGCGCCAGGUCCCGGGGGCUGGGGUGGCACAGAGUGUGGGGGCAGUGGGACUCCUGGGGCUGGACCUCAGCCCCCAGGCUGGGGGACGCUGACACAGAGGUGCCUGGUCUCUCUCCGCCAAAACUUUUUUUUUUUUCUUUUUACAAUUUUAAGUGUGUUUUUUAAGAACAGGGAAAAAAAUCCAAGAAAAUCCCAAGGUAUUUCAGCCAGCCUAGAGCCAGUUUUUAUCUGCCUUUUUGGUUUUCUACUUUCUCCUGGAAGCACUUACAUGUGGGUUGAGGAUUUGGCUGGGUGGGGGCUGUCUGGGGGUCUGGGGGUCUGCGUUGCUUCUCGGUUGGGGUUUGCUGCUGCCCUUCUCCCCUCCCCGCCCGGUGUCAGCACAGGGAUGGGCCACUGCACCACCACCCAGCCUCCAAACUCCACCCUCCAGGGCUCCCAACUUGACCCCCAAAUUUUGUCUUUGUCUCUUUUCUUUUUGUUUCGUUUGUUGUUGGUUCUUUUGGUUUUGGUUUUAUUUUUUUAAUUUUAAUUUUUUUAUUACCAUUUUGAGGUCUUUGUGUUCAAGGAGAAGCUAUUAUAUUUUGUUAAGAAAGUAGGGGGAAAAAAAACAAGAGGCCACUGUGCCUUUAUAAAGAAACAAAAUAAAGUUUGUACUUUGUUUUUUA